CUUAUUGCAUUAAUGAGUUAAACGCAAAAGAUAUCGCCUUUUAGGUGGUCUUCGUAUUGCAGUUGCAAUUCAUUUUAGACGUUCGCUGCACUUCAGGUGAGAAUUCCAGAGGACGAAAAUGGAUCGUUGGAUAGGAAAAAUCGCUGUUAUCACUGGAGCAUCCUCUGGAAUUGGAUUGACAACAGCAAAAGCACUUGUUCAGAGUGGAAUGAUUGUUGUGGGAUUAGCCAGGCGAAAGGACAGAAUGGAGACUGAAAUGAACGAUAUGCCGGAGGCAAGGGGUAAAUUUCACGCUAUCCAAUGCGACGUGAGUAAUGAUAAUGACGUUGUGGAGAGUUUUAAGUGGAUCAAAAAUAAUGUUGGCAAAGUUCAGGUUCUAAUCAACAACGCAGGUAUUUUAGUGAAGGGGAAAUUCACCGAUCUAGAAAAUGCUACAUUGCAAAAUAUUAUUAACGUCAAUGUUAUGGGGACAGUCUUUUGUGCAAGAGAGGCACUGAAAGUAAUACAAGCUGAUAAUUUACCGGGGCAUAUUAUCAAUAUUAACAGUAUUGUUGGCCACCGAGCUGUAAAGCCUGAGAGAGAGGAUAUAAAUAUCUAUAUUGCCAGUAAACAUGCAAUCACCGGAUUUUCUGAAACUCUUGUGAGAGAAGUGAUGGGUCAAAAUAUUCGUGUAACGAGUAUCAGCCCCGGUCUAGUGCAGACCAACUUGAUGGGACCAGUUGAUUUAACAAAGCUGGGAUUACCAGUUCUGCAACCCAAAGAUGUUGCAGAUAGCAUUAUCCACGUACUCGGUAAACCACAGAAUGUUCAAGUGAAGGAACUUAUCAUAACAAGUUUAGGCGAAAACCUACCAUAAUUUUUAAUUUUGAAGAAGAUCCGAAAUAAAUUAUCUCUGUUGAAUAA